GGUUCGCAACGCACUGACUGUUGGGAAAUCGUUUCUUCCACAACAGCUCGCUCAUAUUGGACAAGUCAUUUGAACGAGUUUUGCGUUAUACUUGACGAUUUCACUGAAGUGCUGACCUGCAAUUUUUGUUUUUUUUUGUUUUUGUCUCGCGGCUCUGUCGCGUCCCAAAAUUAUCGGUGCAUCUGAGGGCGGAAGAAGUGCACCGAGAGGUUCUUCAGAACUAACUGAUUACCAGGAUAACAGCUUUUUAUAGCCUCAAAUUAUAGCCCAGCUCGAUCAGAAAAACGGUGGUGUGAACACAGUAGUGAUGUCUAAUUAUAAGUGUGAAAAAAAUGAAGUGCCAACGACACAGUCAGCCAACGGAUCCACAGUACCUCUGGUGGACUAUAAAAAGGCUGAUCCCGAAGCGGGAGAAGAUUAUGACCCCUUUCAGCACCGUAAAUUGGAUCAUCCUACCUCGGAUCUGGACACCUUGAUUCAUUUGCUCAAGGGGAGUCUGGGAAGUGGUAUACUUGCCAUGCCCUUAGCAUUUGCCCGUGCAGGUCUAUUCAUGGGCCUGUUCUGUACUUUUGGUAUCGGUAUAAUUUGCACGUACUGCGUUCACAUCUUAGUAAAGAGCGCACACGAACUGUGUAGAAGGACGAGGGUGCCUUCCUUAGGUUUUGCUGAAGUGGCCGAGGCUGCCUUCUUAUCAGGCCCAUCAUCGAUUCGGCCAUGGGCAAAAUUUGCCAAAGCCAUGAUAAACAUGUUUCUUGUUAUAGAUCUGAUCGGCUGCUGUUGCGUGUACGUCGUUUUCGUCGCCGACAGCUUACAGGCAGUCGUAGACGUAUUAUUUCAUGUAGAGAUCGACGCUCGUAUAUACAUGGUGGCCCUUUUGCCCUUCCUAAUAUUAAUGAACCUUAUCAGGAAUUUGAAGUACCUUUCUCCCUUGUCCAUGGUUGCCAAUAUACUAGUAGCCACCGGUUUGGGAAUAACCUUCUAUUAUAUUUUCAUUGAUUUACCCGCGGUGGCCGAUAGACCCGCGGUAGCUCCCAUCACCGAAAUGCCCGCCUUCUUCGCCACCGCUAUCUUUGCUUUGGAGGGCAUCGGUGUAGUUAUGUCUUUAGAAAAUAACAUGAAAACUCCCACACACUUCAUCGGAUGUCCUGGGGUCUUGAACAUUGGAAUGUUCUUUGUCGUCGUGCUAUAUGCCUCAACCGGGUUCUUUGGCUACCUCAAAUAUGGUGAAGACACUAAGGCCAGCAUCACUCUCAACUUGCCACAUGAACCGCUUGCCUACUCCGUGAAACUCAUGAUCGCCCUGGCUGUCUUCAUCACGUAUGCCCUGCAGUUCUACGUUCCGAUGGAGAUCAUCUGGAAGGCGGUAAAAAAUAACGUGGGUUCCAGAAAAACGUUGGCAGAAUACGGCAUCCGAAUCGUUUUCAUAAUCUUGACAGUAAUCAUGGCUGUGCUCAUCCCGAAUUUGGGAGCCUUCAUCUCCCUAGUAGGAGCCGUAUGUCUGUCAAUGUUGGGCCUGAUUUUCCCAUCCAUCAUUGAACUGGUCACUUAUUACGAGGAGCCCGGUCUAGGUAGGCUUAACUGGAGGUUAUGGAAAAAUUUAUUCCUCAUAUGUUUCGGUCUGGUUGGUUUCGUGACCGGGACAUACUACAGUGUCCAUGAGAUCAUAAGUGGUUGAAAGACUAUGUACAUUUCUAAGUGUUUCUAUCGUCUCCUUCAGGGAGUCAAGUCCGUAGGACUCAGUUCUGCCGCAUUUUGGGUAUUCCACCGGCUGGAACCCGGUAGUUGUUUUCAUUGAUUCCAACAGUAGUAUUUUUCGGAUAAUAUUUUAAUGCGACUCCCUGACAAAGAGGCUUCUUUGCGAAUCACUUGCUCACUUUCACCCUUAUUCUAUUCAAAAACCAUUAUUGUAAAGGACAUAUAUAGAAGUAUUUGCAAAGAGGUACUUUUAUAUGAAAUUCGAAACGCUGCUUACCUCAUUACAAACAAAUAGGGACGUUUAGAAAUGCUGCGCUAAAUAUAGAGUGUAGACUGCAGUUUUAACUGUGAUUUUUCCAAAAUAAAAAUAUUUUCUAUUGAUAGUAUCUCAUGACCUUUUUCUCUCCUUUUCGUUAGUUUGUAGUUUAUUUCGCAUUACACCUUUUCCCAUAUAAUUUAAUCUUUUUAUAGUGAGAGAUUGAUCAGCCAUCCAAUAUUUAUAAAAACGUAAUUGUGAUUAUUAGAUUAGUUUAUUUUGAUAAGCUCAAAUUAUAGUGUCCUUAUGUCGGUGUUCAUUACUUUUAACGGAAUAAAUUUUUCCUUUUCCCUAGAAGCAAUCUAGAAAGUACUACUAAAAUUAAGAAUAGAUUCAUUAUAGUUAUACAAUUGUGGAAAUAUUCGUAAAAUAUUUGGUUUAUUUUGAUUCAUUGCAUACCAAAAUAAUUUACAGAAGUAAAUUUAUUCCUUGACAUGUAAUUUUCCAUGUUUUUUUACCAUACUAGCAUAUAAAUAGAGAAACUUUAUUUUCCUUUAUAAUUAUUCGUAUAAACGAGAAAAAUAGAACAAAAUUAAAAGAUUUUUACGAUAUUUUAUGAACCUUCCCACAGUUAGAACUUAUUUCCAUACCCAUUUUUUUUAAAUUUCCCUAUUUCAAAGCCUAAAUAAUUUCAUCAAAAUAUUUAUCCAUAAUUUAGACAGAAUGGGCUUCCAAAAAAGAGACAAGUAAAAACAAUCCUAACUAAUUGAAUUUUGAUUCUUCAGCAACAUAAAAAUUAACUUCUGUUUAAAAUUGGAUCAAAUUAAACUAGAUUCUUUUUACUUGUUGGAUGAAAUAUUGUCCAUAAUUGAUUUAUUUUUCAAAGAAGCAUUGCCGCAUUAAACGCAAAUACUUUGACAUAACUUUCAGUGUUCAGACAAUAAACGGUAUAUUUUGGUAAGAAAUUAACGGCAAUGGUUCUUCCAUGUAUCACAUGCCUUUGUAAGUUCCAGUGUUAGGAUCAUAUUCUUAGAAGUUUUGAACGCUAACGCAAGAGAACACAGUAAGAAAACAUUAUUUAUAGUUCCAAAGGAACUGUUUGACUUGGUGCCUUAUGUUAUCCCGACUCUGGAUUUUUCUCCAGAUGUUGGGCCAAAAAAAAAAGAAGCUGAAAAACAGGGUCGGUUUCAGUGGUGAAAUUAUUUUUUAUAUGUUCCUUUAAAACACACAGACAACAAGUUGGAAUUAUUAUCGCGAUUAAAGUGUUUUAUUUUUGUUGGUUCGCUAUGUUGUUUAUUAUUUAUUUUACGACGGUUUGAAUUCGAUAUUAAAGGAAAAUAGUAUUUUUAUACCAGUUUCUUCUAAGUCAUGAUCUGUGUGUUAGAUAACAGCUAGAUUUUUAAGUAAGUAUUUAUUUAAUAUUGUAAGACAAAUUUGAUCUAUCUCAAUCACAGAAAUAGUUAAACUAUACGUCAUCCACUGCUUGCAUUAUUCAAUUUUGUCUUAUUGUAUUAUGAAGCGUUUUCAAUAAGUAGAAAGUACAAAAUUUCUGUGCAAAAUUUUCUUAAAUAUUCUUUUAUACAAUUUUCAUACUUUCACAGCAUCCUAAUUAUAAAACCUUAUUUUUGUGAAGAACAAGUUGAAUUUGAAUAAAAUUCUUUUGUGAUAACUUGAGUAAAGUUGUUUUGAAAAAUUAGCGUAACAAAAUAAUAUUAUAAGUGUCGUUCCUUGCGAAUGAAAAUUUUGUACACAAAUUUUAUUGGAAAAUGGAAUUAAGUCGAUAGUUCCCAAACAUUUUGUUAUGCUGAUAUUAUGUAAAUCACUAUAAAAAAAUAAUAAAGAAAUUGUUUUCAGUA